AUGAGAGACGAGUCAUCAGUGAAACUGAUUGGGGCUUGGCCUAGUCCUUUCACUUACAGAGCAAUUUGGGCCUUAGAGUUGAAAGGUAUCAAAUAUGAAUACAAAAAUGAAGAUCUCAAAAACAAGAGUGAAAUGUUGUUAAAAUACAACCCAGUUUAUAAAAAGACACCAUUUCUAGUCCAUGGAGGAAAACCCAUUUCAGAAUCCAUGGUUAUCCGUGAAUACAUCGACGAAGCGUGGCAGGAGAAUAGCCCACUACUACCCAAGGAUCCUUAUGAGAAAUUUGUUGCUAGGUUUGGAUUAAAUUCACGGAGGAUAAAGGGUCCAAGUGUUAGAAUAUUUUUCUCAGCAACAGGAGCAGAACAAGAAAAGGCCCAAAAUGAAAUUUCAGAAAUGCUAAAAACUAUCGAAGAAAAAGGUGGUCUCGACGAGAAUAAGUUUUUCGGAGGUGAUGCCAUCGGAUCGGUGGAUUUGGCAAUUGCACCUAUAUAUAUCUUACUGGUUAGGAGCAAUAGACGAAGUAAUAUGAGUGAAAAUCUUUGA